GGAUUCUCUUCCAUCAUGAAGAUUUUUUACACGGUCUCAGGCUUCAAGACCCCUUACAACUACUUAAAGGAGAAAGAAGACAAUGCUGGACCGUUUGACUCUGAUUUCGCCGAGUAUGUGCAGUUACCGGAGGUGCGCCAAGCGCUUCAUGUGGGCGACACAGAAUUCAAGAGCAUUGGUCCCGUCUAUUGGAACCUUUUGGGAGACUUCAUGAAGAGUGGGAAACCUUAUCUAGAGGAAGUCAUGGAAAACUACAAGGUUCUCCUCUAUUCCGGACAAAUGGACAUUAUUUGUGCUUACCCUCUGUCAGUAAACCUCUUCAAGACGCUCAAGUUUGGAGAGAAGGAAAAGUAUGAGAAAGCUUCGAGGUGGACCUGGUACUAUGGAAGCAACAUUGCGGGCUACAUAAAGUCAUCUGGCAGGUUAACCGAGGCUCUUAUUAGAAACAGCGGACAUUUGUGUCCAGCGGACCAGCCUGCCUGGACUCUUGACCUCAUAACUCGGUUUACGAAGGAUCAACUCAAACCAGAAAAGGAUGUCAACAUUAUUGAAACCAGAAACAAAGAGAAACCGAAGAUUGGAUUAGGACCCUAGUAGCAGCGUUAUAUAAAAAUUAUUUAAGAAAAAAAAAAAAAAUUCGUCAUUAAGUAAGUUGUAAAUAACCUGUAAAUAAAAAUUAAAUGAUGUUCACAUAAAAUUUAAGGCCUAGUUUCCAUUUUUAUCUGCUUGAUUAAAUCCUCUUUACGUAAAAAAUAGGUAAUAAUUGAGUAAAAAGGAAGAAAACAGGAGGAGUGAAUGUCAUAAUUUCGUUAUGAUAGAUAAAUAAAAUUUUUGUAAAAAGUAA